UUCUUGUAAGUAAUAAGGUAUCGUAAAUAUGCAGGCACAGUGCACACCGACAGGUUUUGGCGUAGGGUUUUGGAAACAGCAGGAAACAGCUGAUAUUGACACUUGACAGUUCGUCAAAACAUAGAAAAUGCUUAAUGAAAGUUGCUACACAGAUCUUCAGAUUAGUAUGAAGUUAUAACUGAAACUGGUAAGUGAAAAUAUUUUUUUGUCUGUAUCACACGUAUUUGAUGGUUAAUUAAGGUGAGAAGACGACAUUGCAGUAGAUUUUAUCAAUUGAAAUUCAACACUAUAGAUUUAUUUCCAGCAGAUAAUUAUUCAUAUGACAACACUCUUUCAAAAUAAAGUGUCAGUGUCAAUGUCAAUCCACUGUCAUGGUAAAUGAAAUGUGCAUUGCACGUGCUACCUAUUUAUUUACAAAUAUAUAAUGUGAAUAUUUUUGUAAAAUGUCGCGACUUAUUGUAAAGAAUUUACCAAAUAAGGUAACAGUUGAGAAACUUAAGGACAUUUUUAGUGAAAAGGGUGAAGUUACUGAUGUGCAAUUAAAAUACACAAAAGAUGGCAAGUUUAGGAAUUUCGGAUUUAUUGGAUACAGGAGUGAGGAACAGGCAUCGCAAGCAAGGGACUAUUUUGAUGGCACAUGUAUAAACUCCAUGCAAAUACAAGUUCAAACUUGUGCAAACUUAGGUGAUGAGAAGAAACCACAAGCUUGGAGUAAAUAUGCACCAGAUAGUUCAGCAUACAAAAAGAUUCAUAAGGAUGAAAUUGAGGAACAGAAACAAAAUAAAAAGAAGGAAAAAAGAGUGGAAAAGAAUAAAAACAAAAUAAAGGAACUGCUUAAACAGCAUAAAGAUGAUCCUCUAUUCAUAGAGUUUAUUGAAGCCCAUGUAAAUGAUAAGACAGCCUGGAUAAAGGAAGCUUUGCAAUCAGCAGCCAAGAGUGAUGAUGAGGACAGCGGUGUUGAUGAAGACAACACUGAGAGUCACAAAGAUAGUAAAGAUACUCCUGUUAAGGUUGAUGAGGAUAGUAAUAAAGAAAAGGAAAAAAGAGAUGAAAAGAAACAGGAGAAGAAGGUGGCCAAUAAGAAUAUUAGUGAUUUGGAGUACAUGAAGUUGUUAAUGAGAAAAGUAGGCAAUUCUACUGGAGAAAACAUUCCAGCAGAAAGUGAAGAAAAAGCUGAAGAAGAACAACAGCCAAAGAAAAUACGAAAUAGACCGUUGUUUCAUGUCAAGAUUACUGGCUUACCAUACAAAUGUAAGAAGAAGGACAUUAAAGAAUUCUUCAGGCCACUUGUUCCUUAUUCAAUAAGGUUACCUCUUGGCAAAGGGAAAAAAGUAACUGGAUUCUGUUAUGUCGGAUUUCGAACUGAGAAAGAAUUAAAGAAGGCUUUAAUCAAAGACAAGUUGUUUUUGGGUAACCAUCGUGUGCACGUCCAUAAAUAUGAAGACAAGGCAAAAAUCGCAGCAGCUGAAGAGGAGGAAACAAAUAAACAGAAGAGAGUAGAGACUACAAAUAAUGAAGAGAGCAUCGGUGAGAGUGGAAGUAUUUUUGUAAGAAACUUGCCGUACAUAGUUUCCGAGGAAGAAGUAACAGGUUUAUUCGAAAAAUAUGGUCCCAUAGCCGAAGUGACAAUGCCUAUAGACCCAAUAUUACGGCAACCCAAAGGCUUUGCUACCGUCUCGUUCGUGAUGCCGGAACAUGCGGUGAAGGCUUACACGGCGCUGGACGGUACCGCGUUCUGCGGCAGAAUGCUUCAUCUACUGCCUGCCAGAACUGAAAAGCUCGAGAACGAAUCCGAUGAUGAGGGAUUAUCGUUCAAGGAGAAAAAAGCCAAGAAAUUGAAAGCGCAAGCAAAGUCAUCGCAUAAUUGGAACGUGUUAUUCUUGGGCAACAACGCGGUGGCCGAUGUCAUUGCAUCCACGUACAACACCACAAAAGAACAACUACUCAACGACAAUAAUAAAAACACAAGUGCUGCUGUAAGACUAGCCCUCGGUGAAACCCAGCUUGUUGCCGAAACUAGAGCUUUUCUUGAAGAAAAUGGAGUAUAUUUGGAUUCCUUUAAUAAACCACCAAACAAAAGAUCAAAAACAUGUAUACUCGUCAAAAAUUUGCCCGCGAACACAGAGAGCGAUGAAAUAAAGUCAUUGUUUGUUAAACACGGGCAAAUUGCGAGAUUCCUCAUGCCGAAACAUGGCAUUACUGCUCUUGUUGAUUUUAUAGAACCGUUUGAAGCAAAAAAGGCAUUUACAAAAUUAGCGUAUUCACAAUUCAAAAGCGGACCUCUGUACUUAGAGUGGGCACCAGAAAACGUGUUUAUAAAAUCCGCUAAAAAAACAGAGACGGAUGCAAGUUUAACACAUGAUGAGCCAGAUGAAACUGAAAACAAAAUUGAAAUUUCGACAUCAAAGGCCACUCAGGCUAAAGCGCCCGCAGUAUCAGAAUCUCGCACUGAUGUAAAAGCGAAUGAUAUUAAAGAUGAUGAUGUAACAGAUAUGGGGGAUCCCGAAAAUGAUACGACGCUAUUUGUUAAAAAUCUUAACUUCAAAACCACCGAAGAUAGUCUAAAAGCGCAUUUCUCAAAAAUUGGCAAAGUAUACAGUGUGACAGUAGCGAGAAAGAAGGAUCCGAAAACUCCUGGACAGUUCCUGUCAAUGGGCUACGGCUUCGUACAAUAUUAUAAAAAAGAAGACGCCAACGAGGCGCUAAAAAUGCUUCAAGUUACUACUCUGGACGGAAAAUCACUAGAAUUAAAAAGAUCAGAGCGUGGAAAUACGAAUGAAGUGAGAACAUCCAAAAAGACUAGUAAAGAUACGGUCCAGAACAGCACGAAGAUUCUUGUGCGAAACGUUCCCUUCCAAGCCAAUAGAAACGAAUUACACGAAAUAUUUAGAGCUUUUGGUGAAAUAAAAACCUUGAGGUUGCCGAAGAAGCUCUCUCCUGGUUCCGAGCAACAUCGGGGUUUCGCUUUUGUAGAUUUUUAUUCGAAGGCUGAUGCUAAGUCUGCUUUUGAAGCUUUGUGCCAAUCUACCCAUCUUUAUGGGAGAAGAUUAGUCUUAGAAUGGGCGGAACAAGGCGAUGAUACUGAAGAUGUUUCGUUGUUGAGAAAGAGAACAGCACAAAGCUUUAACGCGCAAACACCUGGGGGCAAGAAGUCUAGAAAAGGUGCUGUAGACGUCGAAAAGUUUGUCGAAGGGGAAGAUAACACAACUUGAUCCAGUACAGAAUGUAAUAAACAUGAUUACUUAUUA